UCUCACCAGUGUUACCCACCUCUUUCCAUGAACCAAAAAAUGCCAAGACGAAAAACAACAAAAGUCCAAGUCAAAAUUGAAGACAAGUUCCAAGAAUCCCGAAAACCCACCAUCACCACAACAACCACCUUCUCCUCCUCAACCACUGCUACCAGCACCUCCUCUCUCCUCCACCUCUUUGAGCCCUCCAAGUCCCACCAUAUUGGUCUCUCCCCAUAACCAAAACCCCACAAAAAACCACUAAAAAGAUCAAAACGUUUUUACAAAAAAUCCACAGAGCAAUUGAAUUCCUUAUGGAGGUGGAGGUGAAAUUGCGUCUGCUUGAUGCAGCAAAUCACAGCCUGUUAAAAGAAAUCCUUUCACCAUUUCACCUAAAAAAACUCAACCAAAAAAAUGUAUUUUAUGAUUCUGCUAAUGGCGUUCUUGCUUCUCAAAGGGCAGUGCUUCGCUUGCGCUCAUUCAAUGAUAACAACGAUGAAAGCACGCGAUGCGUUUUUUCACUCAAGGCAAAGGCAGUACUGAUUAAUGGGGUGAGUCGUGUCGAGGAGGAUGAGGAGGAAAUAGAGCCAUUGAUUGGAAAGCAAUGCGUGGAGGAAGCUAGCAAGUUGGGGUCGAUUGAGUCGAGGGUUAUUAAGAGGUGUAAAGAUGAGUUUGGGAUUGAUGGGGAAGUGGGUUUUGUGUGUUUAGGUGGGUUCGAAAAUGUGAGAGAGGUUUAUGAUUGGAGAGGUUUGAAGUUGGAGGUUGAUGAGAGUACGUUUAGUUUUGGAGUUUGUUACGAGGUUGAGUGUGAGAGCGAUGAUCCUGAAAGAGUUAAGAGAGAGCUUGAAGGGUUUUUGAAGGAGAAUGGGAUUGAUUACAAGUACUCUGAGGUGUCAAAGUUUGCGAUUUUUCGAGCUGGGAAAUUGCCUUAGUUAUCUCAGCACAUGCUUAUUUUGUGGAAGUGGUUCUAGCACUGGAACCCAGUUCGAAGACAAUUCUGAAGAGCACUAAAUUUUCUUCUCUUGAAUGCAUCUUGCUGUCCUGCUGCAGCUGCACUCUCCUGUAGGCAUCUAUCUGGGCAGUGAAUUCUAUUUUUCUUGGCCGUGCUAGUUUGAACUCUAACAGUAAAUUAUUUCUGUUCUGCAAGGCUGUUAUACUAUAACCUUGGAACAAUGCAGUUAUACUGUAACCUUGAGAUGUUUUCGUGUCCUACAAUUGUUCAUCCUUCACAUGCAGAUGAUCUUUUUUUAUUGUGA